CAGAAGAAUGGCGAGCAGACGGAUCACUCAGGAGACAUUCGAUUCUGUCGUGCGAGAAAACAUAACCGAGUUUGAAAUGGAGCCAGAGGAGGCUUUGAAUGAAGCAAUACAACAAUUUGAGUCACAAGGUGUCGACCUCAUCAAUGUAGUGAAAGCUGUCCAGAAUACAACUGCAGAAGCCAGCGACCAGAAGCAUAAUGUCCUGCAGGCCCUCGAUGAGCUUCGGAAAGCCCUGGAUCUCUUAGCUCUUGACGAAAUGGGGGAUCACCUGACUAACUUCAGUGAGCAAUGCAGCCUUGACUUCGCUCACCGUCAUCUGGCAGCUGAAAAGUCCGCCUAUCCCACAGUCCUUUCCUCCUGCAAGCAACUGCUGUCUGACACACCCUGCUUGCUGAAGGGAGUCCAGGCCUUGGCUGCCCUGUUGGACGGUCAGCCAGACCUCCUUGACUCGGAGGGUCAGCAACUCCUGCUGGAGAUCUUAAAGCAGCACCGGGACCACGCAGCCUUGAACGCAGGGACUAUCCGUGCUAUCCGUCACAGCUGCCUGAAACAUGAGCAGAACCGCCAGGACCUGGUGCAGCUUGGGGUCCUGGCGUUGCUGACAAGCGCCAUCGUGAACCAUGGUACCCAGGCUGAUGUGGUCAGGGAGGCGGGCAGAGCCCUGCGGGUCAUGACCUAUGAUGACGAUAUCCGAGUGCCCUUCGGCCGUUCCCACGAUCACGCCAAAUUGAUAGUGAUGGAGAACGAUGGACUUCGUAUCAUCAUUGAAGCUGCAAAAGUUUUCACAGACAACCCAUCUGUCCUCAGUGAACUGUGCUCCACGCUGUCUCGCCUUGCUGUCAGGAAUGAGUUCUGCCAGGACAUCGUGGAUCUCGGAGGCCUCAACUUCAUGAUAGCCCUGCUAGCGGACUGCAUCGAACAUCGGGAAGUGGUGAAGCAGGUACUGGGUGCGUUCCGAGCCAUUGCAGGUAAUGACGAGGUAAAGGAUGCAAUCAUUAACGCUGGUGGAACAGACCUGAUCGUGUUAGCCAUGAACCGCCACAUGGGAAGCCCACAGAUCUGUGAACAGGGAUGUGCUGCCUUGGGGAUGUUUGCCCUUCGGAAACCAGAAAACUGUCGUGUGAUCAUGGAGGGUGGUGGAGCGCUGAUGGCGCUGCAGGCGAUGAAGACACACCCAGCUGAGGUGAACGUCCAGAAGCAGGCCUGCAUGCUGCUCCGUAACCUGGUGGCACGCAAUCCUGACUUCUCCCAGCUGAUCUUGCAGAUGGGAGCUGAGGUGCUCAUCCUGCAGGCUAAGACCACGCACCAAGACUGUGAGGACCUGGCAAAAGCCGCCCUGAGGGAUCUUGGCUGCAAAGUGGAGCUACAUGAGUUCUGGACGGGGCAGAAAGGUGGGAUUUCCCAUUGACUGCCACUUUCGGAUAAGACAAGACAAUGGAUCCAGAAAACACACCAUGUUUCUUUGCAUAUUGCUGGAUUUUUCUAACAUUUAACUCCUCUGUGGCCAUCUGAGACGUUGAAUAAGCGACCAGAGAAGCUCUGAGCUGACUGUUUCAGCUGCAGUGAGUUCAGAAUCUAACAGCUGCAACCCUCAACUCUGCUUCAAUGAAUGGGACUUGCCACGUUGCAGAUAAGUUCUGGGAGACUGGGAGUAGGCUGUCGGCUGAUGAUCACUGCCACACUCAGAGGAUCCUUCUACUAAAAAUUGCUACGUCUGAACAUUCUCACACUUUGACAGGUAAUCGGAUUCUGGAAAUUCCAUUGUUUUGUCGUCCAGGGCCUGUUUUUCCUCGCUGAAUACUCAGCAGCAGAAUGCAAAGUGUUUCAAGACCAGCGGUAGUGAAUAUUGUAUUGUCACAGUACUUAUCUCUUGCCACAAAGAGGAUAUUAAAGUGUUUAACACCAAA